ACCCCACCCCUUUCUCCUGCUUAACUUCCACCAGUUUGGACAGGUUAUCUCCACGCGUUUACACUUUUUUCAUCGGACCUAUCGACGCUUUAGCUUUUGAGCUUCAAAUUUCACAAUGGAUAGAAUUAAGGAGAAAAUGAACUCCCUCCGCGUGGAGGCAGAUGAUGCUGCUGCCAAAGUUGAGGAACUUUCCGCCAAGGUCAAAACAUUGGAGCAAGAGAACUUGUCCAAGGAGCAAGAGAUUACCUCUUUACAGCACAGAAACAACCUCUUGGAAGGCGAAGUCGAGAAGCUCGAGACCGCUAUUAAGGACUUCAAGAAGGCUGCCGAUGAGGGACAACAGCACGGCACCCAAAACGAGACCUUGACACGACGCCUGCAACUCCUCGAAGAGGAGGCCGAGAAUGCCGACAAGACUCUCCGCGAAUCAAAUGAAAAGCUCCGCCAAACUGAUGUUAAGGCCGGACACUUCGAGCGCAAAGUCCAGGCUCUCGAGAACGAGCGUGACCAGUGGGUGACAAAGUACGAGGAAAUGGCCAAGAAGCACACCACUCUCCAGAAGGAGCUUGAGGAUCUUCAGAACGAAAUUGGCAACAUUUAGACGAACUUAUUUGCACCUGGGGACAGAACAAACAAUUCUUCGCUACAGAGUCGCGCCAUGUCGAAAAAUAUUUGGUCUAGGACAGGCCUGAAAAAGAAAGAUAUUGGUAGAUGUCUCUAGCAUAAUACAUAUACAUAUCCCAUGCCCAAAUCAUAUGCCGUACGCAACGCCAACCUGCAAUCCAUGCCGUGUCUAUCUUGGACCUUGGGCAUAAGUUGUCAUACAAUGUAAAUUCCCAGUGAAUCAAACGCCUCGCUUCAUUUUUUUAACCCUCUGCUUUGCGUUGGUGAGUGACCUCUCAAACUUGCUUUCGUAGCGGAAUUGCUUCUUCUUUUUACGCGGCCGGUCAUGAUCCUUCUUCCGUGAGGAUGGCUCUCGUUCAUCAGCGUUUUCUUCGAUCACCUCUGUAGAUGCUGUAUCGUCUUCAUCAACGAGUUCCGGCUUCGCAAGUCCAUCACGAGAAAUAACGACCGAUUCGACCGUGACAGUUGUAUAACGGUCUUCGUCAACGUAUUCUUCCUGGUGAUCAAUGAUAUCUAGAUUGGGUUCAUCGGCGAUGCCAUCCCAUUCUUCAUCGUCGUUGUCCUCGGCAGCCUCGAUGUCUCCAGAAUUCGCCGCCUGCGACUCUCGCAACAUUCGGUUGACAUUGGCGACAUGCUCUUCUAGUUCUCGUUUGCGAUCGUCUCGAAUCUUAUUUUGGUUAGACCCCAGAAACGAACUGCAUUCAUAUUAAGCGUACCUGUUUUCUUGUAUCUAGUUUUUCUUGUCUCGCCCUCUUUGCUGCAAUGUCUUGGGCAUGCUUUAUACGCUGCUGUUUGCGCUUGUGGAAGCCAGUCAAAAACUCGUGCCUUGCAUCGUUAUCAAAGGAAAUUUCUUCAAUAUCCGAGGUAGUCUUUCGUUUUUUAUAAUGAGAAGGUAAUAUGCUCUUUUUUACUCUCGGUUUGGCGAACAUAUUUAUAGUGGUGCUUGUAAAACAAAGAAUGCUGAUUGAAUCUAGAAUUAUUUUUUUUGGC